AUGACGCGGGACGACUCGAGUGGCGGCUGGCUGGCUCAGGAUGGCGGGGCGCUGACCCGGGUGGGCGUGUGCCGCCUCCUGCCCACCGAGCUGGCGCCCGUUUCGGGCUCCGGGGCCACGCAGUUCCUCAUCCGGGGCGAGCGGCUGCGCGACAAACAGGUGAUCCUGGACUGUCCGCUCAGGAAAGAUCUGGUGUACCACAUUGCAAUGCCCACGUUUCACCAUUGGAUGGUGGAGGAUCGACGGUGUGGCCUGUCCUUCCAGAGUCCGGCCGACGCCAGAGCCUUCGACAGGGCCGUGCGGAAAGCAAUCGAGGACCUGGCCGAAGGCUCCACCACCUCCUCCACUGCCCUCCAGAAUGAGAGCGAGCUGGGCGACGACGACGUUUUCACUAACGCCACGGACAGCUCGUCCAACUCCUCCCAGAAGCUGGACGGCUCCCUGCAGCUGCUGGAGUCCUCGCCCCUCCCGCACAGGCACAAGUACGCUCCGCCGGGACACCGCCAUGACCUCCACGACUCCUACCGGCUCCCUGACCACUACUACCUGGACCAGCCGAUGUGUCGGAUCUCCCGCCAUGUCACCUUCGAGGACGAGGAAAUCGUCCGCAUCAACCCGCGGGAGCGCAGCUGGGAGCGCGGCACGGAGCGCCACCUGGGGCGCCAGCUGGACCGGCCGUGGCUCACGGGCUACGAGGACUACCGCCACGCCACCGUGCGCGACAAGUUCAUCCACACGGACGACUCGGAGUCCUACGUGCGCUUCGACAAGGCGGAGGCGCAGAAGCACGACUACACCUACCCGCUGGCGCCGGCGCUCUCGCCCUCGGACUCCGACCCCGCCCUCGGACCCCUGACCGGCAAGGGCCCCGGCGGGUCCUACCGCCCGGGCUUCCCCGCGGCCGUGUCCUCGCAGCCGCGCUCCUUCCUGCCCAGCUCCUCGCCGGCGUCCAACGGCGGGAAGGGCGGGCGCAAGGGCGGCGGGGGGGCGGAGCGCGCCGAGUGCGAGCAGUGCGGCGAGACCUUCUACGUGUCGGACAACCGGCGGGGCCGGUGCCAGGACGCGCCGGACCCCGUGCGCGCCUGCAUCCGGCGGGUCAGCUGCGUGUGGCUGGCGGACACCAUGCUGUACCACUGCAUGUCGGACCCCGAGGGCGACUACUCGGACCCCUGCUCCUGCGACGGCGGCGAGGGCGGCGGCCGGCUGGGCACGCGCUGGCUGGCCCUGCUCGGCCUGUCGCUGGUGGCGCCCUGCCUCUGCCUCUACCCGCCGCUCCACGGCUGCCACCGGGCGGGGCUGGCCUGCGGCUGCUGCGGGGGCCGCCACAAAGCCCAGAGCUGA